AUGUCGGAACACGUAGCCCUCUACACGCUCUCUGGCUCGAGCACCGACGGCCAAACGGUGCUCAACCACAUCCGAUCUAGCGACUUUAUCGACGAGAUCAACAGCGGCGAAGGGCCUCGCGAAGAGUGCGGUCUGUACAGCCUCGUCCAGCUCGUCCAACCCUCGUCCGUCCAGUUCGGAUCGGAAACGGACGUCCUGGAAUACCAUAGAAAGCUGAUCAAGGGAGACGAGAAGGCGCAGGUAGACGGACAGGAUGCAAAGUGGAAUGCGCUCUGCGUGCUGAUCGCCGACAAGGACCAGGCUGAUCUGGUGCAUGUGUUGGAGCUCUCCAAAGAGGGCCAGGUGCAACAGAGGCUCAAGGCGAAAGCUAGGUCCUCCGUCGAAGUCGCUUCCAACGUCUCCAUCGCCAACAUGUCGAUUCAAGAAUAUAAGGACAUGAGUGGCAAUGCCGAAGUAUAUGACGCUGGACAAUAA